UUCAUCGGUCACACUGCUGAUACCAUCUGCCCUCUGAAAGUCACCUUUUCAUCGCUGUUGACCCCCACCUGGCAUACUGUCUGUAGGGAAUCCUUUUCUACUGGUAAAGACCAGCCACCGAAAGCUGUAAAGCAAGAUAAAUUAUUCUCUCCAAAUAAAAGAAAGCCAGAGUCCAUGAGUGGCCAGCGGUCGUCCAAGAAACGAUGUGGGGACGCGCGUGCGGAGUCCCCCGUGGGCUUCGGGCACAUGAGCACUCCGGGGUGUGUGUUAAGCAAGUUGUUUCAGCUGCCCACGCCACCCCUGUCCAGGCACCAGCUCAAGCGGCUGGAAGAGCACAGAUACCAGAGUGCCGGCCGGUCCCUGCUGGAGCCCCUGAUGCAGGGGUACUGGGAGUGGCUCGUGGGAAGAGUCCCCUCCUGGAUCGCCCCGAACCUCAUCACCAUCAUCGGGCUGUCCAUAAACAUCUGCACGACAGUCUUAUUAGUCUUUUACUGCCCUACAGCCACAGAGCAGGCACCUCUGUGGGCAUAUAUUGCCUGUGCGUGUGGCCUUUUCAUCUACCAGUCUUUGGAUGCCAUAGACGGGAAACAGGCGAGAAGAACCAAUAGUAGUACUCCUUUGGGAGAACUUUUUGAUCAUGGUUGUGAUUCACUAUCAACAGGUACUAUUGAUUUCUUCUCACAGGAACCCUGGGACCUUGGUUCUGGAACUCCACGAAUUGAUGUGACUGAAGUGCAAAUCUUCAUAAUAAUCAUGCAUUUGCUGGCAGUGAUUGGAGGACCACCUUUUUGGCAAUCUAUGAUUCCAGUGCUGAAUAUUCAAGUGAAAAUUUUUCCUGCACUUUGUACUGUCGCAGGGACCAUAUUUUCCUGUACGAAUUAUUUCCGUGUAAUCUUCACAGGUGGUGUUGGGAAAAACGGAUCAACAAUUGCAGGAACAAGUGUCCUUUCUCCUUUUCUCCAUAUUGGGUCCGUGAUCACAUUAGCUGUGAUGAUCUACAAGAAAUCCGCAGUCCAGCUUUUCGAAAAGCAUCCCUGCCUUUAUAUACUGACCUUUGGUUUUGUAUCUGCUAAAAUCACCAAUAAGCUUGUGGUGGCGCACAUGACGAAGAGUGAAAUGCAUUUGCACGACACAGCCUUCAUAGGCCCAGCACUUCUGUUUCUGGAUCAGUAUUUCAACAGCUUUAUCGAUGAAUAUAUUGUGCUUUGGAUUGCCCUGGUCUUCUCUUUCUUUGAUUUGAUCCGCUACUGUGUCAGCGUCUGCAAUCAGAUCGCAUCUCACCUGCACAUACACGUCUUCAGAAUCAAGCUUUCUUUGCAAAGGAGCUCAGCUCAGGAGCCGAUGUACCCCACUGGCGUGUGAGGGGGAGCUAGUGACCAACACCCGGAAUUCAGAGGGAAAGGUUUCCUAUCUUGACAUCGUGGAGGAAGUCAUUUUUUUAUUGCUCAAGAAAUGAGUGUGUCGUGGGCUGGGACCCUGUCAGCAUGCGGAAUAAUGUACCUUUGUCGAUUCAUUUUAUUUUUUUAAAUAAAUAUAUGAUCUGAAAGCCA